CACACAAAAGGCGCCAUGGCGCUGCCGAAGACCGCCUCAGUGCCCAUCUGGCAGCCCUUUGCAAAAGGCAAAUGGCCAGCCGGACUGCCACGAAGCACCUCAUUAUCGCGUAGCGUCCUGGCUGAUGUCUGUGCAGCUUUGGUCGUAGGUUUGGCGUUGGCAUUGAUGCUGGCACCCAUUGACCUGGCGAUGCUACGUGCCGGAAAGCCCGAGUCACCGGGGGCCAUUGCUUCAUUGGCCCAAGUCUUUGGCGAUUGCUUUCUGCGUCCCUUGAGCGUCCUGCCCGCCAUCGCCUGGACCUGGCUGACCUUCAGCGGGACCUACGCCGUGGCCAACGUGGUGCGCAGCAUUUGCACGGCGCGACAGCUGCCCCCCGCGGUCUAUGUUUGGCUGUUCACCACGGUGGUGCAGUGUGUCAUCAUGUGUUUGAAGGAUGCCUUCCUCACGGGUGGCAUUGCUCCCCCAUUGGCCGCGGUGGUGGUGUGGGUCCUGCGCGACCUGUCCUUCUCCCUGGUGGUCUUCGUUCUUCCGGAGCCCCUCAGCAGGUGGUUCACCUCGAAGGGCGUCACUUCGGUGGCCGGGGUGCCCAUCCAGGACUUGUUGCAGAUUCUGCUGCCGCAGCCCCUUCAACUCAUCACCAGCCCCUUGCACUUCUUGGGUGUCUCCUAUGUGGCCGCCGCCACUGCACAUCGACAGCUGUCCUUGGCGCAGCAUCUCCACACCGCCUUCCGUGAGUUCUGGUUGCGGGUGGGGAUCCGUUGUGCCCGGGUGCUGGUGCCCUAUUGCUUUGGUGCGGUGGCGAACCGGAGGUUGAGGAGUUUCUUCGAGACAUCGUUCAAACCGACGCUGGCGUUGCCCACGGUGAUCUCGGAACGUCGCGCUGCGGAACGACUUCAUCUUUGGGCCAUCAUCAGGAACAGUGUCCUACUGGCGACUCUGGCUAUUCUGGCAACCCUGCAUGGCUUGAGACUCUCCGGCCCACUGGCCAUCUUGGUGGGUGCGUCACACGCCAUCACACGCCACGAUGUCUUGCGUCGGAAAUGUUAGGCGAAACCCAUGGGGAAGCCACGGACAAAAAGUCAAAAUCCAUCAAACUCACCAAGCCAAAUGCUG